GAGAAGCAGAUAUGAAACUGGCGCGCGCGCUAGCCCUUCCAGUCUUUUCUAGACUCUCGCGGCUCGCGCUGACUACCAAAGGAACUUCCGGUUUCUGUUCUCGGGAGUCUCCAGAACGUUCGAAACGUCGGUGAGUGAGGCUAUAAGAGCGCCUUGUGCUCCUCCUUCAACGCAGACAUUCACGUUCUCUCGUCCAGGUUCAGGAAGAUCUCAGAGCUAGUUUGCCACGAUGGUUCGUGAAACCGGCUACUACGACCUCUUGGGUGUUAGCCCGACCGCGUCGAGUGACGAAAUCAAAAAAGCCUACAGAAAACUCGCCCUUAAGUAUCACCCCGACAAGAACCCGAAUGAAGGAGAAAAGUUUAAGCUCAUCUCCCAGGCAUACGAGGUGUUAUCUGACGCUAAGAAGAGGGAUUUGUACGACCACGGAGGGGAGCAGGCCAUCAAAGAGGGAGGCAUGAGCUCAGGAUCUUCUCCUAUGGACAUAUUUGACAUGUUCUUUGGAGGUGGAGGCCGCAUGCAGAGGGAAAGGAGAGGGAAGAAUGUUGUUCACCAGCUUGGUGUGACACUGGAAGAGAUGUACAACGGUUCAACAAGGAAGCUUGGGCUUCAGAAGAAUGUCAUAUGUGAGAAAUGUGAUGGUUAUGGUGGGAAAAAGGGUACCUUGGAGAAGUGCUCCAGUUGCAAAGGAAGAGGGAUGCAAGUAAAGGUGCAACAGAUUGGACCAGGUAUGAUCCAGCAGUUCCAGACCACAUGCCCAGACUGCCAGGGACAGGGUGAAAAGUUCAGCGCGAAGGACCGCUGCAAGAACUGCAAUGGACUCAAAGUCGAACGCAAGAAGAAAAUUCUUGACGUUCAUAUUGACAAAGGUAUGAAAGAUGGACAGAAAAUCACAUUUCAUGGAGAGGGUGAUCAGGAACCUGGACUGGAGCCUGGAGAUGUGAUUAUUGUUCUGGAUCAGAAGGACCACCCAGUUUUCCAAAGACAGGAAAACAAUCUAAUAAUGAAGAUGAAUAUUAGGCUUGUAGAAGCCCUGUGUGGUUUCAGAAAGACGAUCCAGACAUUAGACAACAGAAUGCUUAUCAUCAGCACACAGCCAGGUGAAGUUAUCAAGCACAACGACUUCAAGUGCAUCCAGAAUGAAGGCAUGCCGCUAUACAGGCAGCCUUUUGAAAGGGGAGAUCUCAUCAUCCAGUUCCAGGUGGAGUUCCCAGAAAAAGGCUGGCUUCCAGAGCAUCUGAUGUACCAGCUGGAGAGACUGCUUCCUCCCAGAGAUGAUGUGAUGAUUACUGAUGACAUGGAGGAGGUGGACCUGUGUGAGGUGGAAGUCGGCUCACAACAAAGACACUACAGCAGGGAAGCUUAUGAGGAAGAUGAGGAGGGCCCAAGAGGGGGAGUGCAAUGUCAGACGCAGUGAUUGUAGUAGAUCCAGGUCCAAGUUUUUAAACCACCUUUUUUCUUUGGUCUUAAAAGGCCUGACCAAUUCCUCGACAACGUCGUCUUUGUAUUAACAGUUUAAAGGAUGCCAUUUGUUUUUACUUGUUGGACACAAAUGUGCACAUGGAGAUGUGCUCAAUGCUGAUUUGUAAUUUUGUGUUGCAGUGUACGUAGUUUUUCAUGUACAAACCAUUUAUGGCACAAAUGUUUCUGUUUGUUCCAAAGUUAAAGGGACAGUUUUGAAUGCUUUCUGUGAAGGUAAUUGAUUCAUUGUUUGGGGUCUUUCAAUAAAAUACAAGAAACUGA